AUGCUCACCAGGUCAAAGGCACAUCAAAUGACUUCGUUAGAAGAAGAGGUUGCAUCUCUGAAAUAGGGUUAUGCUAGGGAGGAACAAUCCCUAAUCGAGCAAAGAGAAAUCCUCAACCAGAUUCUUCAGAAAUUAUCCACAAUGGAUCCACACUCCAGUUCGCAUCCAAAUAAAGGUCCAAGAGAGGAACCAAUGCAACCUUAUAAUGGCACCACUCAUUUAAGCCAAGCUUCACAAGAUGGCCCAACACAGAUAAAUUAGAGAAUAGAGUUACCAAUUUUCCAAGGAGAUAGCCCUGAGGGAUGGAUCAGGCAAGCUGAAAGAUAUUUCCGCCUAAACCCUACGUGAGAGCAUGAUAGACUCAAGCAAAUUAUGUUGAGUAUCGAGGGAGAAGCUCUGGAAUGGUAUCUGUGGAUGGAAGACAGGUUUCCAUUCCGAGAUUGGCAUGACUUCAAGAGUCAAUUGGGGAAACGUUUCAAGACGUCUGAGACGAGGAGUUCACUGCAACAACUAAUGAGCUUACAACAAGCCACAUCAAUAAGAGAAUACAUGACCGAAUUUGAACGAAUUGUAGCCUUUCUACCUCAUAUAAACACAGAAGUAUUAGAAGAUGCAUACGUAUGGGGCUUGAAACCAGACAUCAGAUCGGAAUUGGCAAUGCAUAAGCCCUUGGAACUCAGAGAAACAAUGGAUCUAUCAAUUCAAGCUGAGAUUCAUAUUCGAGAAAUCCAAGAUAGCAGAAAUGAAUUAUAUAGGAAAUAAGUGAUUACAAAGUCUGAACCACCUCAACCUCGUUAUGACUCUUACAAAAGAGAAUUCCAGAAUACAAAUAAUGGAGGUAAUUACAAAAAGGAUUUAUCAGGAUUCAGCUGAAGGCACAUCAAAGAGAAAUUCCGUGACAUCCAAGCCACCUUUGAGUAACCGCAAGAUACUCAAGUUGACGGAUCAAGAUUUCAGAAGAGAAGAGAUAAGAGAUUAUGCUACUACUGCAAUGAAAAAUUCGCUCCGGGGCAUCGUUGUAAAAAGGAGUUGAAUAUUAUUAUUGUGGAUGAAGACCAAAAGAGUAUAGAAGAUGAUAGCACUGAUGAAGGAUGGGAACUGUUUGAUCAGGCCAUAUCCAACACGGAUGAGAAGGCUUUCAUUGCACACGUAUCUUUAAAUUCAGUCACAAGAAUCACUCAACAAGGGACAUUGAAACGAUGGGGCAAAAUUCAUGACACUGAGGUGUCAAUACUCAUUGAUAGUGGGGCAACUCACAAUUUCUUGCGCACCAAAAUAAUUGAUAACUUAUCCUUACAAAUGGAGAAGUUAAAUGGCUAUAGCAUAGUUAUGGGCAAUGGCAACACAGUGGCAGGUGCAGCAAUUUACAAGGCCAUUCCUCUCCAUGCGCAAGGUGUUUUGAUAGUACAAGAUUUUUUACUACUAGAGUUGAAUGGCACGGAUGUGAUCUUAGGCAUACAGUGGUUGAGAACUUUAGGGUGGAUCCUUUCUAACUAUGAGAAGUUCAUAAUGAGGUUCAUGACGGGAGGCAAAGUUCACAUCUUCAAAGGGGACCCUAGUAUUACAAAAAUCAAUACGUCAUCAAGAAGACCAGAGAAAGAACUUAAGAGUGGCAAGUCAUAUAUGGUUGAAUUACAUCAUAUUUACUCACAUAAAGACCCUAAUGCACCCAACGAUUUAGAAAUCAGUUUGAAAUAAGAAUUUCUCAAAGUUUUUGAAGUAUUGACAUGAAUGCCACCUGAGCACCCUUUUGACCAUGUCAUUCAUCUAUUACCAUGAACAAAACCUAUUAACUUGAGGCCUUACAAAUACUCUCAUUUCCAAAAAAAUGAAAUUGAGACACUCGUCUAAGAACUCAUAUCAACAGAGGUCAUACAACCUUCAGACAGUCCUUAUGCGAGCCCUGCAUUAUUAGUCAUGAAGAAAGAUGACAGAUGGAGAUUUUGUAUAGAUUAUAGAGCAUUGAACCGAGAUACAGUUCCUAAUCGUUACCCCAUUCCAGUUGUAGAUAAGCUGCUAGAUGAAUUAUAUGAGAAAUCAGUUUUUUCAAAACUAGAUUUAAAAUCAGGGUAUUAUCAAAUUAGAAUGAAAAAAGAAGAUGUCCCUAAGACUACAUUCAAGACUCAUCAUGGCCAUUAG